GGCUUUUCAGGCUUUUCAAAGCCAAACAAGAAAGUAAAGGGCCAUAACAGGAGGAGGUGGUGGUGGAGAAUCAAAGCCCCAAGACCCACUAUUCUACAGUCUACACAGAAAGGUUUAUAUGGUUCUGGGUCUUGGUCUGUCAAGAAGAAUGGUGGCAUCUCCUUACCACUUAACACAUGCUUCACCCAAGUGGGUCAGCUCAAGAUACCCAGUUGUGGGAAUUGUGACUUGCCUUCACAAAACUUCUUUUGGGUUGUGUUUCUUUCGGGUUGCCCAACUCUCUCUGGUCAACACUUCCAAGAGGAUGGUCUGGUCUGUUAGGAGCAGUGUAGACGGCAACAGUUUGGAUCCUACUCCCACAAAUGGCACUGAUGGCAGGACUCGACUAGUUAGGGUCAUCCAAGGUAUUCAAAUCAAGUUAAGCACAAGAAUUCUGGAGUUAAGGAAAGAUCUUCCGAUGAAAAUACUGUUUUUCUUGGUUGGCUUUUAUUGUGCGACUGCCUUUGCUACUGUCAUUGGGCAAACAGGGGACUGGGACAUUCUGUCUGCUGCAUUGGCUGUGUUUGUGGUGGAGUUGAUUGGGGCCCUCAUGUAUCGAGCUUCUAUACAUUUAUUUGACAAGGUUAGGAGGCUGAUCACUAUGUUUAAUUAUUGGAAGGCUGGGCUAUGUCUGGGUCUUUUCUUGGAUUCAUUUAAGUACGAAAUGAAUAACAUCAUCGGGUCAUGUAACCCCUUCAAUUUUGAAAUAGAUGACUUUCCGAUAUUCUUGUGAUAUCGCAUUUUCAAAUGCAUGUGAUUGUACCCAAGGAUUAUUCAGAAGUGGUCAGUACGUUCCAGAGUGUUUGCAAAUAUGAGGAGCAAUAUGAUACAAAGUCAAUAAUGUCCUAGAAGGAGGCUAAAUACUUGUGAUUACAGUAGUAUGGUCUUAAAUAUAGUACAGUAUCAGAAAAGUAUCAGUGUACAGUGUACCUGGUUGAGUUGCAUUUGUGCCAAAGAAGUUUCCUCUGUCAGUUGUGUUUCAAUAUUUGCUGCUCUCACAAUCUUUCUCUAGCAUGCUUGGCAUCAUUGAAGAUCUUCCAGUGGCACUAAGUGUUAUGAUUCUGCAGGGAGGGUGUUCUCUCAUGCUUGGGUUAAGCAUGACUCAUUUUUGCGUAAUUGUGUAUGUCUCUUUCAGGAAACUGUAACCUCCUUAAAGAUCAAGAUAUACAGGCUGCCCAAGAAAUAGCAUCAAAUUCAUGAUUGAUGAUUUUUGGAAGCACAUCCAAUGGAAUCUACACUAGAUAAUCCAGUAUGUUUGUUAUACAGGCAGUUUUUAGUUGCUACUCUUGAUAUUCAGCUACUAGAGGUUUCAAAUACAGAGCAAUGUAUGGUGAAUAGAGAAACCCUUGAUUAGAGCAGUAUUGGCAUGGCAUUAGUCAAUGUGAAGCUACGCUAUUCCUUUGAUGUUGGAAUGGUGGGUGCCAUCUAUAUUUUGAUGUUGAAAUGAUGGGUGUCAUCUAUAUUACGUCAAAGUCAAGAUCCAUGCCUCUCAGAAAAAGUUUGGAAUUGACAUCAUCGAGAAAAAGAAAAAGCUAGUCUGUAAAUCCGUGAACCUAGGAUGGAAAGGAGAGUCUUUCCAUGCAACCAUAUGAUUCAUGUAAAUUCAUUGGUUCCAUUAUAAGUCAUUGACUCAUUAUUGUAUGUUCAACUUCACUUUUGAGUAAUGCCUGCUGCUGCUACUGCUUUCUCUAUCCA